CGGGGAAGAAUUCCAAUCACGUGAAUCGUUCGAAAAUUCUAUUUACAAGUCGCGCAGAUCGGAGUUCAUACAACUCAAGGCCUCCUAAAAGUUUUGUUUGGGACACUUUGGAGGCUAGAAAAUGGAGGAAGAAGAGGCGGCCCUCAAAAGAGAGCUUGAAGCCUGUCAGGACUUUGACGUGCGUCGGGAAAUCCGGGGCAAGCUUCGUGAGCUGCGAAGGAAAAAGCUCGAGCUAUUGGAAGCCGAUACAGCUCCCACGACGCGCACGCGACGCACAAGACGCGAGGAAAGAACGGAGACCUCGUCUUCUACCGAUGACGGUACCACAGUGAGAACGACGCGCCGGUCGCGUAGAGAAGUUGUAGAAAAUGGUGAUGUUAAACACGAGGAGGACAAGGUGUCUGUUAAAGAGAAGGUUAUAAAAAAGGAGCCAGAGCCGGAACCAGAACCAGAGCCGGAAAUAAAAGCAGGAGAACCGGAACCGGAAGUUGAAGCAGAACCGGAAACAGAGCCAGAAAGAGAGCCAGAGAAAGAGGUGGAAAAUGAGCCCGAACCGGAGCCGGAACCCGAGAAAGAGCCGGAACCAGAACCGGAACCGGAAUCAGAGGCUCCGGAACCUGAGCCAGAACCUGAGCCUGAAGAACCGGAACCAGAAGACGAAAGCUCUCCACGGAAGAAACCAAGUGAAUUAACAGAAAGAGACAUAGAGGAAAUCGAAGAUUUGGAUUACUUAGAAGCAGCGCUCAAGGAGCUGCCGUUGAGUGCGUUCGAGAUUCGCAAACAUCUGCGAACGAGGAUAAGAAAGGUCAAGGUCAGUCAAGGCACAAAUGCGCGUAGGUCUGCGGGCAACGUGGCUCAUCUGAAAACGAGUAAAUUCGUUGAUAAGAAUGAACCCGUCGAGUUGCAAAGACCUUUGAGGAAAACAGACUCUUCUACUCCGGUCAUGAAAAAAACAAUGAAUUACCAGAGAAAACAGGAUAUUGCCGACGAGGAAGAAGGAAAGACGAGAGCCAGCAGAAAGGUCCAGGAGAGCACAAGAUCUCGUUUAACAGAUGAAAAAUAUAAUGAGAUCACUGUGAAUGGGGACUCUCAUGAAGAACGAGAUAGCGGAAAAAGAGACGAGACAGAUUUCCAGCAUGAAAACAAGCAAGAGGAAUUUUCGAUCGAAAAAAUUGCGUCAGACACGCUCUUUGACAAGCUGAAAGAUGUCAAAGAUGACCCCGAACCUGAGAAACCUUCAUAUGAAUCCGGAGAGGAAGAAUGUUCGACGCCUUCGUCUACGCGGAGUCCCUCAGUGCGAAGUCCGACCUCGAGCUUGUCAGAUUUCGAGAACCUGUCGUCGGCAACCUCCCCUCCCCCCUCACUCAAACUCAAAGGCAUAGUCAACGAAACACCGCCGACGCGAACUGACAAACCGAAACGCGAGGAGUUAACUCUUAAAAAGUCCACCACCGUUACAGGGAAAGAGAAGUUCGACUUCAGGAGCCAACUUAAGAAGACAAAGGAUAUAACCGUCGCAGGAAGAAUACCAAGUUUACCGCCACAGAAACAGUCCGGAGGUGAGAAGGUUGACUUUAGAAAUGUCCUGAGAAAAACACCGGGAAGUGCGCCGCUCUCGAGAAAGUUUUCAAGCGAGAGAGGAAGUCUUUUUCCUAAACGAGAAAAAAAGGAGACCGAGGAGGACGGCCCUAAACGAAAAAUAUCGAGCCAGGAGCUUUUCAGCGUUUUGCAUAAACAUCAGGAAAAACGCGAUGUCCCUAAGAGAGACCCGCCCAAGCCCGUGGCUCAGAACUUCCAGUACAACCCGCCUAAGGUUGAGGCUGCGGAGGAGGAUUUAAAAGCCAUAAUGGCCCAAAGAAAAAAGAGUGUCAAACAAAGCGAAUCUCUUCUAAAGAGAACAGGUAGCGUGCCUCUGCAAAGUCGAAAAACUUCGUCAGGGGAACGGCCAAAUUGGUCACAAAAUCUGAAGAAAGCUUCGUAUGUCCCGCCAAUGCCUAAGGUUGUUGUUGACGGCAACGAGGAAAACCAAGUCCCUGCGGCGGCACCUCAGGAGGGAGGGCUAGGGGUGUCUGGCGGAGACUCCUCCACCUUGGCAGUUUCUCCGCCCAUGACGCGACGACGCAAAAUGUCAUCAGGGAACAUCAAAUGGGUUGAGGGGCCGCAGAUCAAUAUCCAAGACAAGAACCAGCUCUCCCUCCUCAGACAACAACUGGAAGAACAGAAGCGCAUGAAGGAGGCACAGGGGGGAGCUGGUAAGACGGACGAGAAAAGUAGCGAUGAGGUGGAGGAAAAGACCAGUGUUGAACCUGAGGACGAAGGAACUAAAGAGGUAACGACGAGGGUUGAGAAGUCUUCAGACGUGAGCGAGACGGACGGUGGUAAGACCGAGGUCAAAACUGUCACCAAGGAGAAGACAGAAGUACACAAGGGACAAGGGGGGUCGUCCACAACCUUCACCAAGACGACCAAGACCACAGAGACCAAGUCGUCGCUUGGUGGCGGGAUAGGCAGUCGAGCAGGCGCGCGUGGCUUCGAGGCUGAGAUGUUGAGAAAGAAGAAGGAGAGAAUGGCGGCUAAGCACCAGGCCCAGGCGGCCGUCAAGGACAAGAGAAACGCAUUCAAAGAGAAGCUCGAAGCUGCUAAUCCUAGACCAGCGGGAGUCAAGAAGAACAUCACAUCAGCCAACACAGCCAUUAGUCAGUUGCUGGAAUGGUGCCGACGCAGAACGCGAGGUCACGAGGGAGUAGAAAUCCAAAAUUUUACCACCAGCUGGGCUGAUGGCCUGGCUAUGUGCGCUUUGUUCCAUAACUUCUCCCCCGAACUCAUCCCAUAUGAGACCUUGGAUCCGAAAGAUCGCACUAGGAACUGGACACUGGCAUUUGAGGCCGCGUACGCUGAAGGCAUUGACCCUCUGCUGGAGCUAGAGGAUGUCCUCCGUGUUCAAGUCCCAGAACCCAAAAGUUUGGCGACGUAUGUCCAUACGAUAUACCAGCACUUCCACGAGAAAACUCAGAAAGCCAAAGAGGCCGCCGCAGCGGAGGCAUAAAUAUCCGGCUGGGAUGGAUAGCUGAAAAUAGAAAGAACUUUAAAUACAGUUGAUAUAAAGUAUAUAGCUCCGCAGUAUAAAUGUUAAAGGAGGUCGAAUAUACAGAAGAGCUUAGGAAAUGUACUAUUAUAGCAAUCCAUUGAUCCCCCCACGGUCGCUUUUUUUUAUGUAUAGUACCAAAUUAUAUUUAGAGCAGCAGACUUAAAAGAGCAGCGUCAAGUUUUCCAUGGCCCACGAUUUAUAUGUUACAAGAGAGACAGCAGCCAGCCCGAAGAGUCCCCUAUGAAUCUUCGCGGUUUUCUUAAAAAUUCAUAUAAUAUUUUGAAAAACAAAAACAUUUAGUUUGCACCCUAAGUGUGGUCUGCUGGAAAUUUGCAACUUCUUGCGCAAACUAGAUACACAAAACAUGAAAUACCACUUUUUAUACACAAUAUAGAGAAUGCGUGGAAAUACCUUGUUAUUCCGAAAUACCUUGCACAAAGUACAAGGCGUUUGUUGAGAAAAAUAGUACUAGAAAGAUGAAUUACAUUAGUAGUGAAAUAUCGGAACGAGGUGGGGCAAUUUGAAAGGGACUUCAUUUUAGAGAAAUGGAUGUUGUAAGUUGGUAGACGCUUGUCUGUGCAGUUCAAUUUGAAUCUAAAUUUCAUGACAUCUACACUUUGUAAACUAUAGAAAAAAAAAAACAGAAAAAUUACUAAGAUUGUUGCUAAUUUUAUAGCAUUAGCAUCAUACCCAUUUUGAUAAGAUGCUAUGUUGUCUCUUUUUAUAUCGCUUAGAAUUUUUGGUCAAACAAUUUGUAAUAGAACCACUCUUCUAAGGUCUAAUUUUAGGACCGUAGCUCCUGUGUAGUAUGUAAUACUUGUGUAUAAAGAUAUACCAAUAAUAGCAGCAGAUUAGAUGUAUAGACAAAUCUAAUGCUUGUUCCAUGAAAAGUAUAUGAGUUUUCUAGUGGGAGACUUUUAUAAUCUUGUCGGCCUUUGCGUGCGAGGAUUUUCUUAUAGUUUUGUGCUCAAACUAUUUUUCCGUUUCCGUUUUAAAUUGCAAUUUUUCUUAUUAGUAGAAUAGUUUAUAUUUAGAAUCUGUUAAGAUUAAUAGGAAUAGUGCUGUCACCAUUAUUACUAUCGAUGGAAAAUAUUUCAAACAGUAGGAAACAGUUUUUGUACUAGCCCUGUACUAGCCUUAUAAUUGUCGAAAUUUUGAAAACAACAUUUGUCUAUGA